UAGAUGUACUUUGCACCCCCUCAUAGUUUUGAGUCACUUCCAAUACACACAACAUACUCAAACAUCCUAGCUAGCCCCAAAAAACCACAAAAUCAACAACAUUAAAACCUUCACUUCAACCAUGAAAGUAUUAGAAGCAGCCACGUUUCUCCGCCCAACGCCGCCCUUCGACAGACUGUUUCCGGCCAAAUCGGCCCGCCAUCCCCAAUGGAGAUUUGUGCCCAUUAGAGCAAAAAGAGGAGUCGACGGCGGAGACUUAUACGGUGGCGAUCGGCCGGUGGAUGAGGGCAUGAUCGUCCUUCGGAUGCGAAUUCGGGAGUUGAAGUUGUCGGAGAUGAGCCACGUGUUGCCUUCGGAUUGGAUGGAGUGGGAGAAGAAAUAUUAUGAGAAUUACAACGAGGAUGUUUGUGAAGCAAUGGGGUGGCUGCAAUCGGUCUUGAUGAAUACAAGGCCGUCUUUGGCUAUGGGAAUGGUUGCACUUGUUGCUUUGAGUGUACCCUUUUCUAGUUUUGUUGUCCUACUCCAUGCUAUAGAAGUGGCUAAGGGGUUUGUAUCUAUGUUUCUCCGAACUAUGUGAAUUCGGAACCAACAAAAAAGAACAGAAGAAAAAGAAAAUAGGAGGAACACUAGUGUGAUUUACAUAUUAAUGCAAGUUAGAAAGGUCUGCAAUAUUCUAUAUUUGAAUUUCUAUUAACUCAGAUUGUGUUUGGAUUAAUUACUUGUGUGGAUUUAUAGAUGAAAAUGAAAUGAGAGAAUGCAAUUUUUUUUACUUCUA